AUGUAUGGAGCCAUCUGCCUGGUUAUCUUAGCCAUUAUAAUGCCUGACAGGAGCUUCUAUAGGGUACUGAAGCAGGGGGAGAAUCACCCGUCUCCUAAUUUUAACCAGUAUGUGAGGACGCAGGGCGCAGUGACGGACCAGCUCAGCCGAAGACAGGUCAGAGUUUACCAGCUCUACAGUCGCACUAGCGGGAAACACGUCCAGAUCCACGGCAAAAGGGUCACCGCCACCGCCGAGGAUGGAAAUCUGUACGCUCGCCUGUUUGUUGAGACAGACACCUUUGGCAGUCGAGUUAGGAUAAGAGGUGCAGAAAGUGGGCGCUACCUCUGUAUGAACCGGAAGGGGAAGCUUGUUGGAAAGCCAAAUGGCCGGAGCAAAGAUUGUAUCUUCACUGAGAUUGUACUGGAGAACAAUUACACAGCCUUCCAGAAUGCCAAGUAUGAGGGCUGGUAUGUGGCUUUCACCCGGAAAGGGAGGCCCAUCAAAGCCUCCAGAACGAGGGAGAAUCAGAGAGAGGUCCAUUUCAUCAAGAGGCUGCACACAGGAUUACCUCCCUUCCCCAACACGGACCAAAGUAAACCAUUUGAGUUCAUCAGAUUUCCGUCCACACGUAGAGCGAAGCGGAACAGGAAAAUCACCUAGCUCUUCCUAGGCACAGCAAAAGGGAUGGACUGAUGACAGUUGUGACAUGGGAAGAAACAGAUGCAACUUUAUUUUUGUAUAUUUUUUGA